AGCUUGAACCUAAAUAAGAACACACACACACCCCAAGCAGAUCUAUAUCUAAGAUCUCAUUGGGUCACCUCUCAUCCAUAAGACCAGAAACUAAGAUAAGGUGAUAAGCACACGUGGCACAAACCCAAUUACUGCUCUACUCCUACAAACACAAAACUCUCUCUCCUCCCAAUCCUCCCUCCACUCCCCCAACUUACAAACCAUGGCUUCAACCACACUCCUAACUCCCACCUCUAAACUCAAAUCCCUCCCUCCAAUCAAGGCCACCAAACCCACCACCACCACCACCGCCUCCACCACAACCACAAUCCCACAACCCCGCCGCCGUGAAUUCUUAUCUUUUGCGGCGGCGGCGGCAGCAAGUCUGUCGUCACCAGCAUGGCUCUUCCCACUGACACCAUCCGCACUUGCGGCUUCUGAUGAAGAGUACGUUAAGGAAACAGAGGAGGUGAUCAACAAGGUGAGAAACACCAUUAACAUGGACAGGAACGAUCCCAAUGUGGCUUCUGCUGUGGCUGAGCUCAGAGAGACAUCAAAUUCUUGGGUGGCUAAGUACAGGCGGGAGAAGACUCUGCUUAGCAGGGUCUCUUUCAGAGACAUGUAUUCGGCAAUCAAUGCAGUGUCAGGGCAUUAUGUUAGUUUUGGACCAACAGCUCCACUUCCGGCAAAGAGAAAGGCAAGGAUUUUGGAAGAGGUGGAAACUGCAGAGAAGGCCUUAUUAAGAGGCAGGUAACUUCAAAAACAAAAGGCAAAAAAGGAUUAUUGAUCACUACUCAUGGAGAGAGGAGCAUUUUUUUUUGUAUCAUUAAUAUAAUUAGUAUUUUGAACUGUUGCAUUUUUUUACAUUUUGUUUGUUAAUUAUGAGGUUAAUUAUGAGGUUACAGAGUGAGAUUAAUGGCGGGGUUUUUAUCAUCAUGAAAACCCAGUUUGAUACAUUUACUACAUUCAUAUCCUCAUCAUGAAAACCACUGUUACACAUUGCUCAGUUUAUGUAACUUUCGUAGCUAAAAGAUGCUCAUUGCUAUCUCACUGCGCUGAAAAGUUAUGUGCAUUGUAUGUCAUGGCUGGGAAAGAUUAGAGGUUGAUAAAAUUUAUAUAAA